AUGGAUCGCAUUCUAAAAGGGGCAGUCAUUGUUUUGAUCGACUUUUUACUCUUCUAUUCUCUUUCUAAACGUAGUAGUUUUGAUUUUCUAUAUUGUCCACAAGAAGUGUCCGCAAAAAUUUGUUACCAAUUCCAUAUUAUUUUUAGAUCCAGACGACAUUCAUCAGAUUCAAAUUCUUCUUCCGGAUCAUCAACAGCCACGUUACCAAUACAUCCAUCACCAAAAAAGAGUACUUCCUCAUCUCGUCAUCAUCGUAAAGGAGGAACGCCUUCUUCAGAAGAUUCCUAUGUUCUAGCAGAGAAGCGUCGUUUAAAAAAAGAAUUGGCAGAACGUGAAGAAUCGUAUAUUACAAGAUUAAAAAAAUGGGAAGAAAGAGAAAAAAGAAUGGCAAAACAAUAUGCAAAGGAUCGUGAAAGUGAAGUACAACGAAAAAAGACUAUUGAUAAAGAAGCUAAAAAACUUAGACAAUUUUUGGAAGAUUAUGUUGAUGAAAGAGAUGAUUUGAAAUAUUACAAAGGUUCUGCCUUACUUGAACGUCGUCGAAAUUAUGAACGCGAACGUGAGGCUGAUGCUAAAGAUAGACAUGAAGAGAAACGUGAAAUGGAAGAGGUUAAGAAACAAUUACUUAAAGAAAAGGAAGAACAGGAAAAGUUACUUUUACAACAACAAAAGGAAAAAGAGAAAGAAACAACUCAAGUAAAGGAGAUUUGGGAGACAGUUCCCGGACGUCCUCAUAAAAAUGGUGUUGAAAAUAAGGAAACAGAUGGUAAAAAACCACUUCCUCCACCUAACAAUGAAGAAGACGAAACUUCAAGUCCAUCACCAGUUAAAAAGCCAAUAAUAACAACAAUACAGCAAAAAACAAUUCAGCCAGUAAAUGGUCUUUUUGAGGAAGAUGAAGAAGAGGAAGAUACUUUACAUCAAAUUAAAAAGAAAAUUAAGCCGUUUGAAAUUACAAGAGAGGAUCGUAUUCAAUCUUUGACGCCAGAAGAACGAAAAAAACUUAUAAAAGAUUUGAUUACUCGAAUUCCAACAGAACGUGAACAACUUUUUGCAUUUUCUCUAAGUUGGGAAUUUUUGGACAAACAAUUAAUGGAUUCAAGAGUUCGUCCAUGGAUUAAUAAAAAAAUUUGUGAAUAUAUUGGUGAAGAAGAGCCGUCUUUAGUUUCUUUUAUUUGUGAAAAAAUUGAUUCAAGAGCUUCUCCUGAUAAUAUUUUGGCUGAUCUUUCAAUGGUACUCGACGACGAAGCAGAAGUUUUUACAGUAAAAUUAUGGCGAUUAAUAGUUUAUGAAAGUGAAGCUAAAAGGCUUGGAUUAAAUGUAUUGCCUCAACAACAACAACAUUCUAGUAAUUCUGCAAAUAGAAGCAGCAGUGGAAAAUGA